AUGUGCGGAAGGCGUCCAAAUACCAUACUAACCGACCAAGAUCACGCCAUGGCAGCCGCUCUUUCUGUUGUCAUGCCUGAAACAUUUCACGGUCUAUGUACGUUUCACAUAAGACGUAAUUUUAUGAAACAUUUUGGCAAUCACUACAAGGAAAAUAGUGAUCUUCCAUAUAUGUUUGGUGCCUGCAUGUAUGAGUUUGAAGAAGUGGAACAAUUCAAUAGGGUGUGGGAGGCGAUGGUGAAGAAACACAAUCUUGAAAAUAAUGAAUGGCUCUCCGGGUUAUAUAGAAUUCGUGAUAAAUGGGCAAGGUGCAUGAUGAAAGAAAGAUGGAUCGCAGGAAUGCGAAGCACCCAACUUAGCGAAAGCCUAAAUGCAGCAAUUAAAAAUCAUUUGAAACUAGAUCAUGACCUUGUGCAGUUCUUUAGACAUUUCAAUCGGGUGGUUGAUGAAAAGAGAUAUAAUGAACUGAUCGCAGAAUAUGAAAUAAGGCAAAAGCUGCCCAUGGUAGGGUUAAGGCAAACACCUAUGCUUGUGCAUGCAUCAGAGACGUAUUUACCAAUCAUAUUUGUUACAUUUCAAAAUGAAUAUGGCGAGUCAACAGCUAUGGUUAUAUUGAGACAACAAGAUGCAGCGAUGUUUGUGGAGUUUGCGGUCAUGAGGUAUGAUGGAGGACCUGAAAGAAUAGUGGUAUUCAAUCGGAAUGAUCUAAGUGUACGUUAUAGUUGCAAAAAAUACGAGAAUGAAUGCAUUUUAUGUGGGCACGCGUUGAAGGUGUUUGAUACCGUGGAUGCUAUACAAAUUGCGAGACACAAACACUAG